CAUCGCAUUUGCUCUCGCCAUUUGCUUUUCCAACAUUUUCCUUUUUUUUUCCCCCUGCGCGUCAAAAUUAAUUUUUAAUCCCAAAAUUGCACGCCUCGAUGGACGUCUCGAGGCUUCUUCUAGCUAGCUUGCUUUGCAUUUUAUACCCAACACAGCGGAGGUCACUUGGCUUAUUGCCUCUACUCAUUGCUUUUUUGGCCUCUUUAUCUGGUCCCAUUUUACCUUUUCUUAGCUUAAUCGCACUAUACUAUCCUCAUUUAUUCAUAUCAUGAAUUGACUCACGUCAUUACAAUUUAUGUAUCAAGUAUCAAGUAUCAAGU